UCAGCAGUGCACAGGAUCAGGAAACAUCCUCCACCAGAAAAGUCAGAAUCAGAAUCGUUGAUCUCGCGAAGCAAAGAGCAUCGUUUUACGCAUCCGUCCGCGUCAAAUUCUUUCGGAUUUCAGUUCCCUCUUGGAGGUGAGUGAUUUUUUAAUCCGCGGUUUCGAUCCAGGAUUGUGAAGUGAAGAAAAUUUGAUUACAUUUUAUUCGGUGGCGAUCGGUGAAUGUCGCACGAUUGGAGACCCGAACCGUCGUCGUCAUCCAGGAAGAAAAAGUGGAAAAAGUAGUCUGGCUGUCAAAAAACAGUCGAUAAAAAUUUUCUUCGCUGCUUUCGGGGUGGACUUGGGUCAAAGUUUUCUUUUCUAAUUUCGGGAAAAAAUUAGUGAAUUUGUGAAAGAAAUUGUGCCACGCGGUGAAGUUACGUAUUCCGUAUCGGUGGAACGACUUUCUCUGUCCGACAGGGCUAGGGCCGUGUUUACAGUGUUCUGUUUUGUGAUUUCUCGAGUGCAGGUGGAACAGCAAGAAAUUGUUUUGCAUUCAUAACAACAAUACAAGGUGUAAAUACCAACGGAAUAAUAUGACGCUGCACUCAUGGCUUCGGCAGCGAGAAAGUGGCUUUCCGGCGCGGUUCGGCGAUGCCGAUUCUGUGCACCGGGCCAUCUAUUACUCGCUGGAGCCCAAGAAGAGCUGGAAUGAUCCGCCCAAUGCAUGCAACAGCUGCGAGUACGGUGGAGCGUUCAAUCUGGAGUUUUCACCGGAUGGAACAAUCCUGGUGGCUGCGUGCGAAAAGAAGACGAUUGUGCUGUUCGAUCCCAUUACCGAGAAGCAAAUGUGCACCAUCAAGAAUGCCCACACCGACAGCGUCAAUUGUGUCAAGUUCCUCGAUAAUCGCAUGUUCGCCAGUUGUUCGGAUGACAGCACUGUGGCCCUGUGGGACACACGGAAUCUCAAAUCCAAAAUACGCAGCCUGCAGGGGCACUCCAACUGGGUGAAGAACAUUGAGUACUGUAAGAAAGACUGCCUGCUGGUGACGUCCGGCUUCGAUGGAUCCAUAUUCACGUGGGAUAUCAACAGCUACACCGAGCAGGGUUUCGUCUACCAGAAAGUGUUCCACACGCCGGGUCUGAUGCGGUGCCGGUUGGCACCGGACGAGAACCGGCUAGUCAUUUGCACCACCGGCGGCUAUCUCAUCAUCAUUCACAAUCUCAACUUGGCUUCGCUGGCGAAGGAUUUACGUGGGUUCAGGCCCAACUUGUACCGGCUGAUGCAGUUGCGCCACCAGUUCAUCCCCAAUGCCGCUCGCUAUGAUCAAGCUUUCUCCCGCAAACAAAAGUACAACCGAGUUGAGCUGGUCAGUGACUUCCCGGAAGGCAAUGACGCGGAAGUCAUCAGCUCUCUACAGAUUCACCCUCAAGGCUGGUGCGCACUCAGCAGGAACAUAAGCUACGAUGAAAGUUCUGAGUGGAGCUGCGUGCACGACAUCCAAGAAAUCUCGUUGGACGAGGACAUGGACAGCGACAGCGAAGAUGACAUCGCCAAAACCGACUCCGAAGAGCAAAGUCAGGACACUUCCACAGCGGGCGAGGGUGGCGGUGGAGGUGAAGGCGAAGAGGAAAAUCCAGAGGAUCACAUAUCACCGGCCGAGGUGGCGGCGGCGGCAAUUGUCAAUGCAGCAGUUGGAGAACCUGCUCAGCCCAGUCGUAUUGGUCCUCACAACAUCAACAACAACAAUCAGGAAUUCCACGCCCCAAGCUCGGACAUUUGGGCAGCCGAAGUAUCGCUUCGAAAUAGGAACCUCCGAGUGGAGAACACCCGAUCUCUAAACAUGGCCAAUGUGUACGGCAUAACCAGUGGACUGAUUCCGCUGACCCCGGCAGAGCAUCAGCAGAAGUUCCAGCAGACCAUAACGGUCAACGUGAACCGUAUGUUGUACUACAUCGAGGAGCCAAACAAGGGAAAAGGUUUCAUUAAGGAACCGAGCUUCUCGGCCGAUGGGCGUAUCAUUUGCUCACCCCAUGGCUACGGUAUCCGAUUGUUGGCGUUCAACGACCAUUGCAACGAGUUGCCAUUUAUUACGGAUCGUGAACAGUGUUCGCCAAAACUGUUCCACGAGAUCAAAACCAAACACUGCCACUCGGAUGUGGUGGUUAGCAGUAAGUUUAGUCCCAAGUUCCCCCUACUGGUGUCCGGUUGCCUACGUGGUAAGAUCGUGUGGCAUCAACCGGUGCUGUAAGUGAUGGAACGAAGUGUGACAAAUGGCAUGAAUGGUGAUGAAUGUGAGUAAAAGAGAGUGCAAGUGAUACAUCCAUUCCUGGCUGUACUUAUGCGAAAAGGGACGUGACUUAAGCAGAGCAGAAGUUUUGAGAGAUUUACAUGCCGAAACCACGCAGAGGGGCUCGAAGUCGAAUCUCAAGAAACGAUACUCCUCCUCUGAUACCUACCUACCUUCUAGAGAUAAAUCACAGUAUGUAAGCAUUUAGAAUAGAGGAAAAAACUACAAAACUUAAAGCUUAAACCAUCACAACGUUGUUGGGGAUCUCCAUAACCUCCAAUACCAUGAGUAAAACAUGAAUGAUUGAAUUGAAGUAAAAAAGAUACAUAUUGAUAAGUUACAUACCAUA